CGUGGCAUAGUCGCACUGAAAAGGUUAAGGCUGUUAACUGCGGUUUCUAAUCGCGUCGGUCUAACACGCCAGUCUGGUGAUUUUUCAGGAGUUGUCUGAAGAGGAACCAUCUUCGAUGUUUCUAUGUUUUACGGAUCUAUGACACAUACACCCGCAAAGAUUAAGGAUACAAAAAAUGCUAAUGCCAGGAAAAGAUGAGAUUGAUGCACGGGAGGAUCUUGAAUCUGAAACUACGUUUUAAAUUCCAAAAGUCAAAGAUAUUGGACUUAUUGUUAUAACCACAGCAGUGGGCACAUGGCAGUAACCUGAUAGGGAAAGUGCACAGCACAUGGUAGCGGUUUCAAAAUUAAAAUUUCAACAUGGAUCUGGUGCUGAAUGUAGCCGACCGCUAUUUCUUCACUCCCUACGUGUACCCGUCGUCAUGGCCCGAAGGCAGACCCCUUCGCCAGAUCAUCAGCUUGUUGGCAGUCACCAACCUGGGAAUCGUGGUCCUUUACCUGUGCCUGGGCUGGCUGAGCUACCAGUUUAUCUUUGACCGCAACCUCAUGAAACAUCCACUGUUUCUAAAGAACCAGGUGUGGCGGGAGAUCAAACUGUCCAUGACUUCACUACCCAUAAUCAGUAUCCCCACUGUGGCAAUAUUUUUCCUUGAGGUCAGAGGUUACAGCCAGCUCUACGACAACAUCGAAGAAUCUCUCACGGGCUGGUCGUUCAUGCUUUUCAGCAUGAUUUCAUUUGUUUUAUUUACGGACGGCUGUAUUUAUUGGAUUCAUCGGUUCAUUCUUCAUCACAGAUUAAUUUAUAAGCACUUCCACAAGCUACACCAUGUGUUUAAGAUCCCUACACCAUUUGCCAGCCAUGCCUUUCACCCACUGGAUGGCUUCAUGAGUAGCCUGCCCUACCACAUCUACCCCUUCCUCUUCCCACUGGACAAGGUGCUCUACUUGGCCCUGUACAUCUUUGUCAACAUCUGGACCUUGUCCAUCCACGAUGGCAACUACUGUGUGCCCGGCCCCCUUCAGGCAGUGGUCAAUGGGGCGGCCCACCACACAGACCACCACCUGUUCUUCACUGUAAACUACGGCCAGUACUUCACUCUAUGGGACCGCAUCAGUGGGUCUUAUCGCACUCCCUCAGUACUUGAAGGGAAGGGCCCUGGACUAAUAGCUGAGGGAAAGAUGAAUGGGCAUCCUACUGGAAAUGGUACAAAGAGCAAGGAGGAGUAGUUGGUAGCAGAGGACAGUUGUAAUAUUUCAGAGAACCUUCCAGGCCAUUAAAGACACAUUCAAAAGCCAAUGGGCUCUCAUCUUUUUUACCGCCACUUUCUACCAGACGCAGUCCUUCUGUCAACUCAAAGUAAUCAGUUAGCUAACGUCAGGUUUUUGCAAAAAUUCUGCCUGUGUCUACUGACUGACAGAAAGCUAAAUACCAUGAUAUGUAAGCAAGCUAGCUAAAACAUAAGAGUUACUAGACUACACAUGUUGUCCUUUCUUUUAUCCUCUAUAUUCAAUCUAGAUUGGCUCAAUUUAAAUCUGGUGUCACAUCAGUCUUGCUGUCAUGUCCACCAAGACAACGAGGACACAGAAUGUCUUUGAUUUAUAAGUCUGGAUUAGUAUGGUUAAAAAGACUGUCAAUAUGUCAUUGUUUUUACAACAAAUGUACUGGUAUGGUAUUUAUUGUUCCUUUGCUAUUUGAGAUAAUGGAAGUUCUGACUGGGAAGUUUCAUGUGAAAAACAUAUCUAAUUUUCAACCAAAAGAUGACAAAUAAUGCUGUAUGGUUGCUUCAGGUUUGGUCCAGAAACAAUAAAACCAU